CCCUUCUCCCCUCUUUUCUCUUACGCGAACACAGCCCCUAAGCAUCGAUCUCUCUCCUGCCUCGAAGCCGACGGACCACCGCGACCCGCCACCACCGUAGACCACCGCCGGCGACCACCACUACUCCGACCGAGCCCCUUCUUCUCCCCCCUCUCAUCACUCAAGAUGGCCCGCACAAAGAACUCUACACGCACUUCUCACACCGCAGUUGCUAGCUCUAGCCGCCCACAGGGCACACGAGGCGGCCGCUACCAGCCCCAGUUUGACACAGAAAAGGAGAUGCUGACAUACCUAGAGCUGAUGAAGAAAAAGGUGGGUACGAUGUACCACCCAGAUGAGCCCACACUGAUGGCAGCGGAGCCCACACUGAGGGAUGAGGUGAUGCACUUGAUCAGGAGAGGUUGGUGGCAGCAUUUAUUUUUCGGCAUCCAAGAGCCGACUUUCAAGGAAGUCACGUGUGAGGUGUUAGCCACAAUUGAGCUCCCAAAGCUCAUACCGGAGAGGGACUAUCUAAAAAGGGGAAUAAGGUUCCAAGCAUUUGAAGACAAGCUGGAUACUUCGCUUAGUCAGAUUGAGCGCUAUUUGGGUUUUGAUGACGUUGAGGUAGGACAACGAGACGAGGUUGGCCUUUGUGACCUCCCCCCGCAUGUGAACAGACAGGCCUUUUGGGAAUCGAUUAGCAGAGGGGGCAAGACUUAUAAGCCCCGAGAGACCCCAGCCACACUUCUUUAUCCCCGGAAGUUCCGAGUUAUCCACGCCCUACUUGCUUCUACAGUGACCGGGAGGGCUGAGGUUGGGGCCAAGGUUUCUACCACUGACUUGUUAUGCCUUUACUGCAUGGUUCAUGACAGGAAGCCCUGCAUGGGCUCUAUCAUAGCUAGCCUCUUCCAUCGCCAAUCCACAAACCACAUUCAGGCCCUAUAUUCCGGUCCAUACAUUACACGUCUUCUGCGAAGGAUGGACUAUGGAGAUCAGUUCCGCAACAUGGAGGUUUCUUCUAGUUUUCUUCCGCUCACCAUACUUCCGUCCAUGAAUACCGGACUUGGGGCUAGACUUCAGCGGGAGGCUGACCGCGCAGCAGCAGGAGGAGGAGGACAGCAGGUAGAUGAUGAUGCUGAUGAUGAUGACCAUGAUGACGAUGAUGAUGAUGUGGAGAUGGAGGCAGCUUCUCACGAGGCCCCAUACGAUGCACCCCCCUACGGCACAGAUUUUCCGGAUUCUUGGGCAGGGAUGCAUGCGCAUCAGGAUGCCGUCUAUCGGCAGUUGUCCACUGAGCAGCAUGAGCGGUUCGAUCAGAUGCGCUUCGAACAGCAGGACUUCUAUAGAGAGAUGAGGGAGGACCAGACACUCCAUUAUUCACAGCUUCAGUCUCAGUACACCCGGAUUGAUGAGAGACUCACCUCUAUGGAGUCUAGCUGGAGUUCAUUCUUCGAUGACUAUCCACCGCCACCCCCUCCUGAGUUUUAGAUUUUAUUAGAUUGUCCUCUGCUAGCAUCUGUAUCAUUAUACUGUUGGAUGACUGUACCUUAAACACUAUCACACUCACACUCUCACUACUGCACUUAACUCUUUAUAUUUUGCUUUGCUUGGUGUUCAUGAUUUGUUGCAGCUUAGUGGAUGAAUGUGUUCGUGCGAAUCAAGACCCAGUUCUGUUCCUGACUAACCAACGCGAUAGGGAAGUUUCCAUGAUUCUUUAAACUUGAUGCGUAAUGUUAACUUGAGUUAAUUUUGAGCACGCGUGACCCUUUCCUCUUUACCCCUAGUACAUAAUGCAUAUUUGGUCAUCGAGGGCGAUGCCAAAGUUUAAGUGUGGGGGAGUGAAUUGGGCAUUCGGGCAGUAGUUGUCACAUGUGAUUUGUUAGAGUUAGCAUGCGCAGGUGUUAGUUGUAUAUUCAUAAGAAAAUUCAUGUCAAAAUUUUUGAAAAUUUUUCUUUAAACUGUGUCUUUGUGAGCUGGCUAGCAUUUUGACUAUACUUUUAGAACAUCCUUGAAGUGUUUAGGCUUAAAUUGCUUGCACUAUAAUCUAGUUGUUGAAAGGAUGAAGGCAUUAGUCACCCAUUGAAUUUUCCAUUAAUCAUCCACCCCACCUGAAUAAGACCCUUUAGGAGAAGCCAUUUUGAGCCUGACCGUUUAUUGUUACCCGAUUAAUUGAGCUCCAUAGCUAAAUGGCCUGUGUUCCUUACCCGUGAAUAUUUCUGACUUAGUCUUGAUGUUUAGGGAAUUAAGGGAUUAAUUUGCUAAGUUUAGGGAAUUGUGUGUAGGAGCCAUUUUUGGCACUGUUCCUAUGCCCAAAUGGGGUAAGAGCAGUCACUUUUUAGGAAUAUGAUACUUUCGAGGAUUGCAUUGUAGGCAUGGAUUCACUUUGAAAUUAAUGAACUUAAAUUGCUAUUUUUCCUUGGUGAGGCCGAGAUUAGAAUGGAGUAAUGUCUAGUGAGAAUCUGAAAGGUGAAAAAUUAAUAUAGCUAGACCUCUUACUUUUCGAAAAAGAGAAUGGGAGCCCCGGUCAAAAAGCGUAAGAUGAGACUUGAGUAUCUUUCGAAAGAAAUGGCGUUCUCGUGCCAACAUGACAAGGAAAACUAAACCAUAAUUAAUGAACUUGGAGGCUAUUGAAAAAUUAGCUUUAGUCCUCCGCGUACUUCAAGUAUACGUCAAAGUACAAAAGUGCCAAGACGGUUUAGCUUAGUUGUACACCAUGUCUACUCUUUGCAUAGGUUUAAAUGAUUGUUCCUAAUUUGUGGCCUACUGAGUUCCCUGUUCCUACGAAUAGCCCUGAAAUUCCUGAAUGCAUUGAGUCUUUGUUAGAAUAUUCCUAUCUCUCGAAAGAAAGGGAUUAUUAUUAUUAUCCAUGCACCAUCAUCUUCACAAGUCCUUCUGAUCAGUAGCUAGCUUAUUUGUGUAUGCUGUCAUUACUUUGAGGAUGUUGUGAAUAAUUGUGUCAAAUAGUUUAGCUUGAGUACAAAGGUGUAGUUUAGGGAAGAAUUUUCUUGGUUUAAAUUGUCUGUCCUGUGAAUAUCCCUCUAACUACGUGUGUAUGCUAACUAUUUUAAAUUCCGUGUGGUGAUUAUCGUAAGUCCCGUUGUUCAGUUUGCUUGAGGACAAGCAAAAGCUUAAGUGUGGGGGAAUCUGAUAAGUCCGUAUUUAGACACGCAUUUGAUGCGUGUUCGGGUCGGACUUUGAUGAUUUUCCUGGCUUUAAGGUGUUGCAAGUCUCAAUUUUGGCUCAAGUUGUGUUUAGCAGGCGUUGGAUCGAGUUUCAUUGCAUUUGGAGUUGAUUUGAAGAAGUUAGAGUCCGGCAAUCAGCGCUUGAGAGGCAUUCGGGAAGGAUUUGAAGGCAUUCGGGAAAGAUUUGGAAGAUUUGGAGGCCACCGGGAGAUUUGCGACGAAAUUCUGGUGAAGAAAGAGCAGUUGGAUCGACCUCAUUGGCAUCCGGGAGCAUUCGGAGCAAGAAAACGAAGGAAAAGUGAAGAAUAGGGUCAGGCACGCCGUGCCUGGCAGCUAGGCACGCCGUGCCUGAUGCGAAAUUAUUCUGCGAGCUACUGGAGGCCAGGCACGGUCGUGCCUGGCAGCUAGGCACGCCGUGCCUGGCAUUUUUCGAAGAGUCGAGCUACUGGAGGCCAGGCACGGUCGUGCCUGGCAGUUAGGCACGCCGUGCCUGGACGCGAAACCGGCCUUCUUCCGUAGGCACGGUCGCAGGCACGGUCGUGCCUGGCACCGUGCCUGGCCGCGAUUGAUCCUAAUUCGACCCGAAUUCGUUGUUUUCUAUAAAUAAGGCCUCCAUAACCCCGUUUUGGGGGUUACGAACAUUACGGAAAGGCCUAGGGACGAAUUUACUUGCGUUUUUACGCUAUUUUCUUCCAAGACCCUGGGAUUAUUUGUAAGUUCAUCUUUUUAAUUAAUGACAAUUAUUUCUAUUCAUC